UCCUAAUGAGGUGGCUUCUAUAUAUAACAUUCGUCUUCCUCGUAAUUCCCACAUGAUAUACAUCAUCAACCCCGAAACCAAAACCUCCUUCAACCACGCUAGUUCAACUCAACCAAUUACUUCAUAUUCAUAUAUAUGGAUUCCCCUGCAGUUUCCUCUAUCCACUUUCACAACGCCCAUGUCUUACCCGAACCAGACCUUUUUAUGCACACUCCCGGUGGUAACCGCAUUCCAGCGCACGCAACCAUUCUGGCUUCGGCAUCCCCAGUUUUAGAAAACGUCAUUGCGUCCAACCGAGUCGUCAAAAUCCACGGCGUUCCCGACGGCGCCGUCACGGCCUUCGUAGCGUUCCUCUACUCCUCCAGGUGCACGGAGGAGGACAUGGACAAGUACGGAAUCCACCUUCUAGCAUUGUCGCACGUGUAUUCGGUGCCGCAGCUGAAGCAGAGGUGCAUCAAGGGACUGGCCCAGCGCUUGAGCACGGAGAACGUGGUGGACGUGUUGCAACUCUCUCGGCUCUGCGACGCACCGGAUCUCUACCUCAAGUGCGUGAAGCUCCUCAGGAACCGUUUCAAAGCCGUGAAGGAAACAGAGGGCUGGAAAUUCCUCGAGAGCCACGACCCCUGGCUCGAACUCGACGUUCUCCGCCUCAUGGGCGAACUCGAAAAGAGGAAGAGGAGGGUGAGGAAGUGGAGGGAGGAGGAGAGGUUGUACGUGCAGCUGAGCGAGGCGAUGGAGUGUUUGGAGCACAUAUGCACGGAGGGGUGUACGGAGGUGGGGCCAUACGAGGUGGAGGUUGGACGACAGAAAACGCCGUGCUCAAAGUUCGCCACGUGUCAGGGUUUGCAGGUGUUGAUACGACACUUGGGCACUUGCAACAGGAAGCUCAAAGGAGGGUGUUUGCGGUGUAAGCGUAUGUGGCAGCUCUUCAGGCUCCACUCCUCCAUUUGCCUAUGCCAGAAUUCAUGCAAGGUUCCUCUUUGCAGGCAAAUUCGAUUAAAAAUGGAGCAAGAGAACAUGAAAGAUGACGCAAGGUGGAAACUACUGGUGAGGAAGGUGGCCUCGGCCAAAGCCUUGUCUUCCUUGGCACUGCCAAAGAGGAAAUUAGAUCAGAGCUAGGGACCAUAUAUAUAAAUAAAUAAUGGCAAGUUGUGCCUACAUGUUUCGGGGGGAUUACAAAAUGAUCGAGAAAUAAUGGCAAGUUGUAGUGUUAACAUGUCAUUAGUAUUUCUUUUCUCACGGGUUAUAGCCUUAUUGGUACCUAUUUUAUAUGAAAGGUAUAAUAUACUCAUUGAGAUAAUCUCUAGUA